CCCUAAUCCGGUCUACCGCGCCAAGAAUCCGGGGCAACCUCGCCGCAUCUUCCAUCUGUCCUCUUCCUCUUUCUCGGAGAGAGAGAGCAAGUCACAACGCAGAACCCAUGGCGCCUACAAUUCACUCCGCCAAGCUCACACUCUCCUGUCCGCUUUUCGCAGCAGAUUUCGACCCGCGCAAUAACGGGCGACUGCUCGUUGGCGGCGGAGGCGGCGAAAGCCGCAGCGGAGUCGGGAAUAAGAUCUCUUUGAUUGAUACGUCACGUCGAGAUGAGAUUACCGAGGCUGUGGAAAUCAAUUUGUCGCGCGACGAGGACUCGGUGACGUCGCUAGCUGCUGCGCCGCAGGUUGGCGAUGACGAGGGCUCGCUGGUCGUACUGGCUGGAAUCAAUAGCUCUCUCGCAGACCAGAAGAACAACAACAAUCAGCACAUGCGGUCCUUCCGAUUCGAAGCGCCCCAGAAGAAGAAAACUCAGAUCCCGACCAGCUCGCAGGACGAUGCGGAGGAUUCCAAAGACACGAAAGCUAAGAAGGAUAAAACAAUUGAGGAAGUGAUACCUGGGAAGUCGGAGGCUUUGUCGCGUGCUUCGAUCUUCCGCACAAAGGGACCCGAGUCGGGUGAUACCUACCAACGAGUCUUGAGGCUGUCACCUUGGAAGAAGCCGGCUGAUGGCUCGGAGAAGACUGGUCAGGAUACCAGGGUCGGCGCUAUUGCGACCGGCAUGGCGCAGUCUGGUGAGAUUGUCUUCUUCUCGGUCACAAAGGGUCCCACCGAGUCGGAUGUCAUCGGCCGUAUCCGUCUUGACAGUAACGAAGAAGCCGAGGAUGUGGACUUUGCCAGCCUUGAGAAUGACCCCGAGCAGACGGGAGAUGCCCGUGGUAGAUACCGUGUUGCAUACACCAACGGCGCCGAUGUGAUGGUCGGCGAAAUCUCUUCAUCUACUCGCUCCAACGCUGCUCCUGAUGUCAGCUGUGUUUACACGAUUCCUGUCCCCAGCAGUGGCGCCCGUGCUGCUCGUCCCAAGUUCCGCGCCCUACGCUUCCUCUCUUCAACGGCACUACUCCUCCUCCAAAAUGCACCCAAUCGCGGUGGUAGCGAGCUGGUCAUCCUCCGCCUGCCUGAAACGAAAACCGGUACGGCAACUAUCCUCCGCCGUCGCAAGCUGCCCCGAAGUGUUCAGAUUGGUCUGGGCCUGGACAUCUGCCCCUUAGGCACCAACCCGGCCGGCCAGCAGCAGACUAUUAUCGCCGUCAGCGGCAGCGACAACUCCAUCCCCCUGUGGACGGUAGAUUUCGGCCCCAGCAAAGGCUAUGGCGCGAUCAAGCAUUACACAACCCUGCGCGAUGUGCACCCAUUCUCCAUGACAAAAAUCGUUUUCUCCCCAUUCAUAGCUCCCGCCCAUCCAGUAACCCCCGACGUGCUCCCCCAGAAUGUCAAACUCGCCUCUAUCAGCAUGGGCAACACCAUCGUCGUUCAUACCCUCCCACUCUCCCCCUUCCCUGCCUCCUCCCGCACACCGCGCUAUGUCCUCGCCUUGCCGGGCUCCACCGAGCUCUGGGAAGGCUUGUACUUUAUCGUGGUCCUACUUUUCUCUCUCGUCCUCAUUGCAGGAUCUAUGCUUGCCUUUGCCGAGAUCCGCGGAGGCACGCCACCAAUUCUCGGUGCUGCACAGUGGCUGCCUCCGUCAUGGCGCAGUGCGAUUGUAAACGAGUACACUCCACCUGCACCAGGAAAGGGCUCAUACAUCGAUUCCCUCCUCUCACGCAAGAGCCACGCCACGCCCCCCGUGGCGAACGUCGUCACGGAAAGCCAAAUCGAGAGCUUGAAAGACAUCCUCGAUCGGGUCCACAGCGCCGGCGCCGCGCCCAUUGACCUCGAUACCGUCAGCCCACACGCUCUAUCAGUCAUCCUACGCUGCCACGAUGGCCACACCGCCGAGGAAAGCGUCCUCAUCGAGACAUUAGCUUCGCAUCACGACCACGAAGCCAGCGAGGCAGCAAAAUUCCGCACCUGGGCCGAUCUUAGCGGUGAAGACCAGAUUGCCUGGAAACGGAGACUGACCGAUGCCGGUCGUUGGGCUGCCAGCGAGGGCGAGACCGUGUUGAAGGGAGUCUUAUUUGGCGAGGCUUGUGGGCAGUUGCAACAUGCCGUUGCGCAGGGGUUGUCUUGAUUUCUUUGUCGCUGGAAGAUAACAUGGAUCUAACAUGGAUCUGAGAUCCGGUGGGGGAAAUUGAUGCUUUGAUGCUGUCUUUGAGUAUAUGAAUUGUUCUAUAUAUUGCUGCAUGAUAUAUGAAUCUUGGGAAUUUGUUGUACGCUUUACUAAAAUAUUGCAUCGAAUUAAUUCAAGUUCGGAAAGAUUGGGGUAUAAGAUAAAGUCAAGCUUGAACGUCUU